UGAUUUGCUGAAGUCGAAACACUUCCUUGCCUAUGGCCUCCCAGGCUGGAUCCAUGCUGGGUCAAGAUCCGAAGGCUGUGCAGAACCUGGUUGCAGACCUAAAGAUGCUGGCUGCUUUUGAAACUGCAGCAGAGUGGCGUGAGACAAAGGCGAUGGAUGGCGCAUUUGCUGCAUUGUCCUGGGAUGAUUCUACGGUGAAGGCAGCUAUGCCUGAAUAUCUGAAUGCGACUGGGGAGGACCGUGCCAAGGUUGACUAUGCCUUCAAUGCCCUGGUUCCACGUCAGCCUGAAGACGUUGAUCCACGCCAGGCAGUGAUGCACACUUGGAUCAAGGCACGCCUCUUCACUUACAACAAGGCGUUCCCGUUCAAGUUCAGCCCGUACUGAGAGCAGUUUCAACGCUGCACAUGGCAAGUGGUCCUUUUUUGAGAUGAAUUGGUUUGUGGCAAGCGUGGUGAUUUGGCAAGGGUAGACUUGACCGAAGUGUAGAUGACUUAUUCAAUUGGCCGAAUUUCGAUGCGAGGAAAA